AUGUCUACCUGCACAGCCGAGUUAGGCUGCGCCGCAGUGACAUUCAGUGCCGAUCCGGACAUCGCUGGAAUUGGGGUUAUUCUUGCUUUCUUGGUAUCUGCUUGGUCAAGUUUAUUAAUUAUCACCAUCGAAUAUUUCUCUCUGCAUGGGGACGACGUCAACUUCAAUUCGAACGCACUCGACGGACUAUUGAAGGAGUAUAUCUGGAAGUUGACGAAACGCCUCAACAAACCCUGGACCCUUGGAGAUGUUCAGCCAGCUAUUUUGUUGGUUAGCGACCAACAACUAAUCACCGGCAUCGCGAUCCUCAGUGUAGGCUAUAUCCAACACUGCACUAUUACCCAGUACCACUUCUAUAUAAUCUACUUGCUUGGAUUUAUCUCCUCUCAAGUUUUUGACGCCUCCCUUCACGCUCUCAAUCUGUACGUCGAUAGGCGUCCAUCCAUGAAACUAUGGAGAGCAACCCUGAUGAGCAUCCUUUUCGGUAUGCUUAUCCUCAACUCAUUCGUUGUAGAUCAUGACGAGUUCCUUGUAUAUGACGACGACGAUGAUAUUUGGUAUCUUGGGUCGUCUACUCAAUGUGUAUGGAACAAAUUCAUCGGCUCGAGCCAUUACCGAUACUCACUCUUAGACCUAUUCAUAUCCUUGAUUGUAUUGAUAUGGGCUUACUUCGGGGACAUGCAACUGUUCUACCCUCGUAUUUUCAAGCCGCUCGGAUGGAUUCUCAAAGUCUUCCAAGCACCAUUACUGGGUCUCCUUAGACUUCACGACCAAAUAGACAAGAAGAUGUCGGGAGCGGAGCCUACUUCCACCAGAUCACUAAUAUACCAAACCUCCAACUUCCAACCUCUCAAUCCAAACUCCAAACCGAACACCGACACACCGGACAUGAUCCUCCCCCGCGCCGUAAAGAACCGAAGGCGCAAAGGCUCCGGCUUCAAGUCCGGCACCAACCACUACUACGGCAGCAGCGGCGGCGGCGGCGGCGGAUCCCACCUCCCCGUCUGGGCCUACAUCGUCAUCGCAGUUAGCGUGCCCGAAACCUGCCUAACACAAAACUCCCCCCUCUCCCCAGAAUACCUCCAACCCGACCCCCUCAAGCGGCGGCGGCGCCUAGCCCCGGCCCUCGGCCACGCCGCCUGGAAGGCGUUCCGGUACGCGACGCCCAUCCAGCCCAUCCUCUGGGCGAGCCGGAAGCUGGCGGCGCGGCUCCGCGCCGGCCGGGGCGCGAAGAACGUCGGCGGGACCUUCUACCGGAAGAUCGAGGAGGGGGAGAAGGGACAUGGACAUGGACAGGGACGGGAGCAGGAGCAGGAACAGGAACAGGGGAUGCGGGAUGUAGUAGGUAGUAGUAGUGGCGGGAAAAAUGGCGGCGAGCUCGUAGGAGCGGAGCCGCCUUCCAAGGUGCGCGGCGAGUCGCUUAUGUCCCCCCGUGGUGAUUUCUGA